AUGGAGUCCUGGUCAGAUUCUCAGGGCCCUCCUCUCAAGAAAAUGCGAAAAGGCACAAAAAGCUGCUCCGAAUGUAGACGGCGAAAGAUUCGCUGUACCUACAAUUCUGAUUGUCCGGAUGCUUGCAAUGAGUGUCGUUUGAGAGGCUCGAAAUGUAUCACUCAGGAGCAUGGCUCGGAGGAUCCGCAUAUCGUUCCAAGUGCCCAGGCUGAACGAUAUAGCUUACGGGAGCGAGUUACUUAUUUGGAGAAUGUGGUUAAAGACUUAGUCAAACGAUUAGAUGAUACCGCCGGCACCAAAUCCAGUCCCGAGAGAACCGCCGCGUCUGAUUUAACGCCAUCCUCAAUUGAAUGCGACAAAUUGGGACCAUCUAGUGAAAGGAUUGAACAUGCGCCAGUCAUGCAGCUGUUUGACAACUACGUGGUCAGUCGACGUGAAGAUUCAUCCAGUGACGAUCAAUUCGCCGGCGCAAAGGACAUGUCGGUCAAAGCACGAGCAGUAAGGAUCGAGCUUUUAGCAUUGUUUCCCCAUGAACAAGAUAUCCGCAAGAUCUUGUCUGCAGGCUCGAAAAUAUGGUGCAUCUGGGAAGAAGAAUACCCUGAGUUACGACAUAUAUUUUCAAUUGGCGCAAAUGCCUGCGAGAGUACAGUCGCCCCCGCUGAAAUAGCCAAGGCUCUGGUCUGCCUUUGCUUAAGUCUUCUGCAAUCACCGCCUGAUUUCAACUUUGGUGAUCUACGGGCUCCUUUGGAUAUUCAGGAAUUCACUUCCCGCUGCAUGGAAGCGGUUGACCGAUUAGUUGUCCGUGAUGACGACUAUGCGGCCACUCUACCUGGAAUAGAGUGUAGUGAGCUCGUUGCUAAGUAUCAUUUGAAUGAAGGUCGCCUUCGCAAGUGCUGGCUAGUGACGCGCCGAACUAUUGAGUUUGCGUAUCUCGCCGGUAUGCAUCUGUCUACUCGCACUCCUCAGCCGGGAGACACUCUAUUCCAAAGACGCUUGAAGACUUGGUGCUUGUUGGGCUUUACGGAUCGUACUAUAAGUCUGAUUCUCGGCCUACCCUACGGAAUCGCCGAAAACUUUUACUUGCCCCAGAUUGCACGACGCUUGCAAACGACCCCAUCGGCUGCUGAGCAGUAUAUGCUGCGCAUCGGAGUUGUCACUGGCCAUAUGUGUGAUCGCAACCAGAAUCCCUCUGAGAUGAGUCUCGAAACAACCUUGAAGCUUGAUCGAGAGCUACAGGAUGCAUGGGAGGCUAUGCCAGCCGAGUUCCAGGGUAUGGAAACCGGUUCAAAUGAAAAGAUCGCAGAGUUUAAUGAGCGGGUCCCGCUCCAGUUCAUGCCCAAGAUGCUCCGUGCUCUUCUCCACAUGCCGUUCAUGCUGAAGUACCCGUACGAUUCUCGAUUCAGCUACUCUCAAAGGGCAGCUAUCCAAUCUACCCGUGAGGCCUUGGUCAUAUACAAGGUGAUCCGAUCCAUUACCCGGUCUUAUCUUUGCAAGAUAUUUGAUUUCAUGUCUUUCACUUUGGGUUUACUUAUGAUUCUUCAUUUGAUUGGAUACUCCGAAGAAUCCCCCGAUUAUGAUCCAGCACAAGAUGAAUGCGACUGGAAUCUCAUCGGUGAAGUCAUUCAGAUUCUCCGCCAGGCUGCAUCUCAAAGCGGUGGCUCUGUCGCCGCUGAAUCUGCGAACAUACUCAGCCAAAUUUACGAAUCCAGGAACAAAGCCAGGAAUAUCUCUUGCAUGAACAGCUGUAAGAUCUCUGUGCCAUACUUUGGAACUAUCACCGCAAGUGCGGGGGCCAAGUUCAUCCAGCGCCAAAAGAUGAAUGUCAACACUGGCGAGUCCAGUCCGUCAACGUCGGCUACUUUAUCGUCUAAACCUACUCCUACUCAAAUUUAUACCCCGCCUUUGUCUAAUCCAGAUCUGGGAUCGACAGCACAUGUGCACUCAAUGAAAGGAGACACCCAUAUCGCUAAUGGGGCUGCAGCUUUCUCCACAGUCGAUCUAACCCAGCCAUUCGGUCAAGGAGCAAGCGUCGAGGUGAAUCCAUUUGCAGGUCUAGAGUCCAACGUUUUCACUGGAUUGUUUGACGACAUAGGACAAUAUUCAUGGCCUAAUGCUAAUAUCGAUCUUGGCUUGGAUCAAGGCUGGAAUCUGAACUGGCUUGAAAACCCCAACGAUGCUGCCAUCAUAAAUGAGAGUUGGAAUAAGAAUUGA